UUUAUUGUGAAAUAAACUCACACAUUCUUAACCCCAGACAACCACCGCUUUAUUCUCCAUAGCUAUUGUUUUGUCUUUUCAAAAAAAGGAAUGCAAUCUUUUAAAAAAGUAAAACAAAACCCAAGCCCCUUAAAAUGGCUUUAAUGCCUCUGCCUACCUCUCCUCCCUCACCUCCAACAACUACCCCCCACCCCUUGCAAUUAAACUGAACUAUUUUCACUUCUUGGGGGAGCUUCAAGCUUUCUUCCAACUAGGCAACCUCCUCCCAACUCUUUUUGAAUGGCGGGGUCUUCCUCAGUGCUCCAGUGUCCACCACUUCCUCCAUUAUAGCACGUUUCACUCUGUUGUAACGGCCAAGUUAUUUGUCCGUCCCCCAACUGACAGUUCUUUCCACGCAGGGACUGAGUUUUAGGCAUUGCUAUCCGCUUAGCAUCCAUGGAUGGGCAGAGCUCCGCCACUCCCAGCCCCCAAAGUCACUGCAUUCGCCAGGGUGUCAGACGCUCAGAGGCCCGCGCCGGACGCAGGGCUUCCAAGGCAGAGAGAGCAUGCGCACCAGGAGGGACCGCCCCGCCCCCUGCGCGGGGCCCGGGGGUCGGGCCUCGGCCGCUCACGCUCCCCUCCCCCACCCGGACUCCUCUUGCGCGCUGGGGACAACCGUUGCAGGGCGCCCUGGGUCCUGGGGUAGGACCGUCGGGCGCCGACGCCCAACUCUUUCGGCCGUGAGGUACCCGGCCUGCUGGCCCUAGGACGUUUCCGUCGCAUGGCGGAGUGCUGCAGACGAUGCCCAUGAAGUCCUUAGUCCUUCUAGUUGCGCUGUUGCUAUGGCCGUCGUCCGUGCCCGCGUAUCCGAGUGAGUGACCGGCCCGAGGCGGCAGGGACUCAGGAGACACCCCUGAGGGAACCUCCGGGCUCCCGGACCCGCCUGAGUACCCGCUCUUUUUUUUGCCCCGGUCCUACACGCCUCCCAAACCCCACUGUCCAGGGUGCUGCCUCCGAUGCCGAGGCAUGACUGUGACACCUGAUGAAGAACAAAACUUGAAUCAUUACGUACAAGUUUUACAGAACCUACUACUAAGUGUUCCCACUAGGGAGCCAGGCCAUAAGAAAAAAUCAGAGUCUCCAAAUAAUGUUCAUUCUAUGGGAUCGAAGGUAUCAAAAGUUAAGGAGAUAAUUUCACAUGAUGAAGCUUCAACUGAGAAUGAUGUUAUAAUGAACCCUGUCACUAAUGAAGCUACAACUUUCCCUACUAGAGGCUUCACAACGGAAACAGGGAGCAAAAAACCCACUGAAAGUACACCAUUCUGGUCGAUUAAACCAAACAAUGUUUCUGUUGUUUUACACUCAAAAGAACCUUAUAUUGAAAAAGAAGAGCCAGAGCCAGAGCCAGAGCCAGAUGUAAAACAAACGGUGGCUCCAACAUCCUGGCCAAAUGUUACUGAAUUACCCCCAAGUCCUUCAAGUAGGAGCCCUGACUUGGAUACCUCCACAGAACUAGAAGAUGUUCCUCAGCUCUCAGGUGAAUAUGACACACUAGAAUUUGAAAAACAUCCACUGAUUUUGAGUAAUGAAGACAUUUUGAAAAAAAUUGCAGAUAUUAGUUCAGAGGUACAAAAGAUACCUCUCCCUGAGAGCCUCAAGCCAGAAUAUAGAGAGGACAUUAAAGCUUCUAAAGAGCACCUAAAACGAAGUCUUGCUCUAGCAGCAGCCGCGGAACAUAGAUUAAAAAAAAUGUAUUCAUCCCAGUUAUUACCACUAGGACGAAGCAGUGGUGAAAUUGAUGGCAUUGAAACUGUUAUUAACAUGCUGUAUAAUUCUAGAUCUAAGUUAUCUGAAUAUUUAGAUAUUAAAUAUGUCCCACCAGAGAUGAGAGAAAAAGCUACUACAGUAUUCAAUACAUUGAAAAAAAUAUUGUGUGUAGGUCAAGUAGAAACUCAAAAACUUAUUAGGAGGUUAUUAAACAAUAAUAUAAAAAUUUUAAACUUACUUGAUAUUCCAUGACAAAGAUGAUUUAAGCAAACUGGGCAUUCACUCACAAGAGAAACAAGCAUAUUAGUGACUCAAAAGUUGUAUAAAAAUAUUUUCUGUUGUAGUUCAAUGUGCUAAUAUCUUACAUGUCAUGUGUUAUGAAAAAACUUCAAUGCUCUAAAAGCCUAAAAAUUUAAAAUAAAAUUUUGGUUCAGGAGUUUGUAGUUUUUUUCUUAUUAAUCAAUUUUAAAAGUCAUAAAGACCUAAUCUUUAAAAUAUUUAAGCUUUGAUUUUACUUGAAUAGAUUAGUUAAGUUCACCCAUUUUAUAAGAGUUAAGAGAAUGUAUUAUAUAUAUGUAUAAAUAUAUUUUUAUAAGUAGCAUGUAAAUGUAAAAUUACUUUUUCAGAGAAUCUGAGUUUUCUAUCUGAAUAACAUAGUUGGAGCUUGUCUCAGAACUACUUUCAUUUGGAUAUAUGUGUGCCUCCUUUGAAAAGUGGAUGGUAUAAUUAAGAUAAAUCUCUUUUCCUUUGUUGUUAAAUACUUUUGGAAUAUCAGUGAGGAAUUGUAACCUGGAUUUGUAGUGAAGUCAUUUUCACUGAUUUCCUCUUUUUGUUUGUUUAUAUACAUAUAUAUUGAAGCUUUGCAAAUCUUUUAUUUGAGAUUAUGACUAACAUCAUUAAACUUAACUGUGUAAUAUUGUAAUUAUGGUGCAGAUAAUUCUAUUUCAUGUUUUGACCAGUAUUAUAUUUAAAUUUAUUGAUUUAUUUACUCAUUCAUCAAGCCAGUCAUUUAUAGUUUAAUGAAGAUUUACUGACCUUUUACUAUGUGCAGGACAAAAAUGCUAGGCUUUGGGGAUACAGUAAUAAGGCCUAGUUUCUUCUCUCUUUGAGGUUAUAUUAUAGCAGGGAAGGCAGACACUAAACAAUAACUGCAACAAUUUUUAAAUUUCAUUUGUGACAAGUUAUUAGGAAGGUAUCAGAAAUGACCUCACCUAGACCAAAUUAAUGGGAAAGCUACUCUGAGAAGGAAGCAUUUAGGUGAGACCUAAAGGAUGAGGAUAUAUGUAAGGCAGAAGGGGGCAUUCCAGGCAGAGGGAACAGUAUGUGUAAAUGCUCUGAGUUCAGAAUGAGUAUGGCAAGUUCAAGAAGUAGUUGGAGUGUAGAAAGGCAAGGCAAUGCAUCUCAAAAUGGAACUGGUGAGGGUCAAUUGGAAUAGAUCCUGCAAGGACUUAAAUUGCAUAUUGAAGAUUUUAGUCUUUUUCCUAUGAUCAAUGAGAAGUCAUUCAUUGGUGAAUUUUAAGAAAGGAUGGGUAUGAUCAAAUUUGUUUUUUUUUAAAAAAUAUCAUUCUGGCUACAGUUUUAGAGGUAGGUAAAAGUAGAAGUGCCCUGUACUCAGGCCAAAUUUAGCUUGGACUAGAUGGAAAGAAGUGGCAAUUAUGAGGUAGAAUCAGCAGGAUUUGGUGAUUGAAAGAAUAUGGGGACUGAGGGAGUAGCGGAGAUGAAAAAUAAUUCCCACACAAUUAGCUAUAUUAUGAAAAGAACUACAUAAGUUUUGUUUUAUAAUAACACUCUUUACCUUUUCAUGGCUUGAUAGCUCAUUUAGUUUUAGCUCUGAAUAAUGUCCCAUUGUCUAAAUGUACCACAGUUUAUUUACCCAUUCACCUAUUAAAGGACAUUUUGGCUGCUUCUAAG